UACUGUUUGCGGAUUAUUGUCUAAUAAUGAUGCAGUAGUAUCGUGUAUCAUAUUAAAAUUUUACCGCCAAAAUGAAUUUAAGGUUAAGAAUAUCUAUCAGGACGUUGUAAAGUAUUUGACAAUUGUUAUGAAAAAUAUUUAAUUCGUAUAUAAUGGCGCAACGAAGAAGCAGGAAUAGGCGCUCGUCCGCCCGUAGAUCUAGCAAUGUAACUGGCGAUUUCAAUGAAAACACAAACAUCAUUGACAAUGAUGACCCUUUAUGGUUCAACAGAACUAUUAUACGUCCAUCAACAUCACUGGUUUUAACAAAACAUGCUAGUUCUAUUUUAAACUCUGAUUCUACUAUCGAUACAUCAGAAAUAUCUGGAAAAUGGUUUGACAAUCUUUCACGCUCAGAAAGUUCAAAGUUGAUGGCUGACAAUGUAAGGAAGAAUGUCAAACAACGUAUAAAUAAUGGUACAAGUAUUCAGCCGAAAGAAGAUUCGAGAAAUAUAAAGAGACAAAGUUUAUCAAAUAGUUCUAGCAAAAAAAUAAAUCAACUUAAUACAUCUAGUAAUGAAGCGAUCUUAGACCAAGGUGCAAAAAAAUUGCGAAGUGGAAAAAUUUUGAUAAAACAAGAUAUUCCAGUGAAAAUUCAAUUGACUAAAUAUGCCAAUAAGAAUUUAAAUACUAAUUCGGAUGCUGCCGUUAAUUCAAAUGACAGCAACACAGAUGAUGUACAAAAACGACGACCAAACUUAUUUUCCCAAGAAUCUAAAGAACGUACUGAAAAAAAUUCCUUCGACGCUGCCUUAGAGGACAAUAACAUUUCUAAUAAAAGCAAUACCACUCUAGGUAACAGAUCGAAAAAACAAUCACCAAAACAUAUAUCUCCAAAAAGUUUUACAACUGAUUCGGAUCAUAAUAACCAAAGCGGUGUCAGAGUGGGUAGAAAUAUUAGUUCUAAAAGAAUAACACAACUUUUAAAGGAAAAGCAGCUUUCAGAAGAAAAUGCCUUUGAUGAAGUAUUAGAAAGUCAAAAUUUAACAACUGAAAUGGAUAAAACUGAUAAAUCAUUGAGAAGUCAAAGAAUAUCGUUAAGAAAUAAAUUAAGUCAAGUUUUGAAUAAUUCUCAAAGUUCAUUAAAAUAUAUGAAUAAAUCAAAUGCAAAUAAAAUCACCGACGUUUCGUCAUUGAAUGAAUCUAUUCCAUAUAAUAAAACAAAAAAUGACAGCAAAGAGAUUAGCAAUGAAAACGAGAGCUCUUCAUUACCAAAAUAUAUCAGAAGAACAAAAUCAUAUGUGCCCAAUGCAAGUACAACAAAACAAAAGUUCAUGAAUUCUGACCCAGUCAAGGAAAUGGACGUAGAAGACCAUAUUGUGAGACAAAACUAUAUAAUUAAAAAUCGUUCAGACGACGAUACAAGUGAUGAAGAAUCUUAUAUUUCUAAAAAGUCGUUAUUAUCCUCGCAAAGACAGUCAACGAAAGCAGCAACUUCACUGCAUUCUCAAGAUAAAAGUGCGAUAGAAAAUCGAGGCACCGAAUUAAAUGAGAAAUCAGAAAUAUCUGGACAUGAAAUGAGUGCUAAAGAAGUGGCAGAAACGUCGAAAGUAUUAAAUUUAUCGAGCAAUAUAAUUAAAAAAAUCAAUAAACCGAACGAAAGUUUUGCUGAGUCUUACAAUAAAGAAUUAUUAAAACAAAAAUUUAAUCGCAUAAUAUCAAGAAAUUCUCCAAGUACCGAAGGCGAUGUUGAUGAUGACCUACUACGUACUCCUCAUCCGGCACAGUCGACUUUGAAUCCAAGCGGUCGACCCUUUACACGUCUCACGGAAUUCAGAAGUUUUGAAACAGACGAGAGCUCUUCGUCUCAUAAUUCUUUAACAAGAAACGUGGUAAACACGUCGAAUACAAGUAAAAAAGGUAAUGACUUAAGUGUUCUAAAGGGCGUAGCAACAAGUGUGAAGGAAACUAGUGCCCCGAAUGAAAACGAACGACAAUUGAAAUUAUCUAACAAUGCAAUGAUGAUCGAUAAAUCGUUAUGGGAGAUUGCGAAGAAAAAGGUCGACCUAAUAAAGGAAGCGACUUUAGCAAAUCUAGAACUCGAGAAGAAACGUAAUCAAGAGCUUGAACAGAAAAACAAACAAACCGAUGCUAAGGUAAAACGUACCAUGGCAUUGAAACAGGCAAAAUUAAAGAUGAAAAAAAGAAAGCCUAUAAAUAAAGCGUAUUAUGUAGAUGGAAAGUUGUACAAGCAACCAAAAUUAUCGAGGCCAAAGAAUUGGGCUACCGAUAGACUUUAUAAAUAUCUGUGGAAUCGUAUGGAGCCUUUAUUCAGAAGCGAAACAAGAAUCGAAUCAGAAAAAUUCGUACAAGAACUUUCAAAAAUUUCUAGUCUAAUUAUUAAGAGAAAGAAAUAUGAGAGUUACAGUAAAGUGCUUGAGAAAUUGUUGGUGAUGAUGGCAAGACUAAAUCUUAUCAAGACCAGAUACGACUUUUAUAGAUUCUGUCGUGACUUCAUGCCUUACGAUUUUAGGAUAAAAGUUGUUCCUAUGAAAUUACCAGGUAAUGUAGAAAAUAUUCCAUAUAAUCAAGAAUUAGUUUGUACGCCGAUUUUGCAGGACGAAGACAUGAAUUCCGAUUCCAUUAGCAAUGAUAACGCUUAA